AUGGGUCACCAGCAGCUGUACUGGAGCCACCCGCGAGAAUUCAGCCAGGGUUGUCGCUCUUGCCGAGUCUGUUCAAACCGACACGGUUUAAUCCAGAAAUAUGGUCUCAAUAUGUGCCGCCAAUGUUCCCGUCAGUACGCGAAGGAUAUAGGUUUCAUUAAGUUGGACUAAAUGAUCUUCAAAGGAUUAUCCAAGACAU